AUGGAGCUGCGCAUGCGUUUUAGACAGACGCAGCCCAUGGCGGUUUCCCUUCUGGUGUUAGCAACCGUUGCAAUGAUUAUGCCAGUGAUCUGUGCUGCAAAAGAUUUGCCGGAGUCAUUUGACAAAUGCAAGCGGGAUUCAAAUUUCGAUAAAUGCCUAGUGGAUGCUGUUAACAAAGCCAUACAGAUUUUGAAAUCAGGUAAUAAGGAAUUUGAAGUUCCUGCCCUUGAGCCACUGCAUGUGAAAUCGCUUGUUAUUGAUGCUGGAACGGCUCCAAUUAACCUGAGACAAACCCUGAAAAAUGUAAUGGUGACAGACAUGAUAUCAUCCAGUAAAAUUCAGAGAUACAGAACCGACUUGGAUAAGUACUUGAUAAUAUGUGACAGCUUUACUGGACGCAUACAAAUGUUGGGCGAUUACGAGAUGUCCGGGCGUAUAUUGCUGCUGCCCAUUACUGGAAACGGUCGUGCCAAUAUAACCCUUGUAAAUACGAAAAUUGAACAUCGAUUAAUUGGCGAACCAUUCGAAAAAGAUGGCGUUCAAUAUAUGCGACUAAAGGAGUAUCGAGUAUCGUUCGAUCCAAAGCGAGUUUAUAUGCAUUUUGAAAAUCUGUUCAACGAUGCCACAUUAUCGCAGACAAUGAAUCGGUUUCUGAAUGACAACUGGGAGACCGUAUUUAAUGAACUAAAGGUUGGCUAUGCAAAAAGUUUUGGAAAAAUCUUCCGAGAGAUAUCAAAUAGGCUCUUUGAAAAAAUACCCAUGGACUCCAUAUUCCUUAGGUAAUUGUUAUUGU